UUACAGGAAGAAGCUGAAAAGUUGUACAUUGGCUGUGAACGAUUUGAUCUCUUAAACAAAUUUUAUCAAGCAAAUAAUCAAUGGACUAAAGCYGUUGAAGURGCUGAACUCCAAGAUCGUAUUCACCUGAGAACCACUUACUAUAACUAUGCCAAGCACCUUGAGAUAACAGGCAAUAUAUCUGGCGCUAUAAACAACUACGAAAAGUCUGAAACACAACGCUUUGAGGUUCCUCGAAUGCUUCUCGAUGAACCGCAACAACUUGAGUCCUACAUUCUAAAACACAAAGACAAGGAGCUGCGUAAAUGGUGGGCACAAUACAUGGAAAGUACAAGUGAAAUGGAGACUGCACUACAGUUUUAUGAGGCUGCACGCGAUAACCUAUCCCUUGUUCGUGUUUAUUGUUACUGCGGUAAUCUAGAAAAGGCAGCUGAAAUCUGCAAUGAAACCGGUGAUCGUGCCGCGUGUUAUCAUUUGGCUCGUCAGUUUGAAAACCAGGAAAACAUAAAGGACGCCAUUCAUUUCUACACUAGGGCGCAGUGUUACAGUAAUGCAAUACGACUUGCCAAGGAGCAUGGUUUGGAUAACGAGCUAAUGAACUUAGCUUUACUUAGUUCGUCGAAAGACAUGCUUGACGUAGCAAGAUAUUAUGAGGGCAUUCCUAACAUGCAAGAUAAGGCUGUCAUGCUCUAUCAUAAGGGUGGUAAUGUCACCAAAGCCCUUGAGCUUUGUUUCCAUACCCAACAAUUUGCUGCACUUCAAGUGAUAGCAGAGGACUUGGACGAGAACACCGACCCUGAAAUGAUUGAUAAAUGUGCUGAGUUUUUCAUGGAACAUGGACAGUAUGACAAAGCAGUUGAUCUAUUCAUUGUUGGCAAAAAGUUCCCUCAGGCGCUUGAACUCUGCUUGGCWCAUAAUGUAACAAUAACUGAAGAACUGGCUGAAAAAAUGACUUUACCAAAGGGCGAAGAAAACAGAACAACCAUGCUGGAACGAAUCGCAGAAUGUGCCAUGCAGCAAGGCUCCUAUCAUUUAGCUACUAAGAAAUUUACUCAAGCUGGUAACAAAAUGAAAGCGAUGAAAGCACUUUUGAAGUCCGGGGACACUGAGAAGAUUAUUUUCUUUGCCGGCGUCUCCAGGCAACGUGAGAUUUACGUCAUGGCUGCCAACUAUCUCCAGUCCCUUGACUGGCGUAAGGAUCCAGAAAUAAUGAAGAAUAUAAUAGGGUUUUACACUAAAGGACGUGCACUUGAUUUACUGGCUGGUUUUUAUGACGCAUGCGCACAAGUUGAAAUUGACGAGUACCAGAACUACGAUAAAGCCCUUGGUGCACUCGGCGAGGCGUACAAGUGCAUUGCUAAAGCUAAAAUGAAAAAUGUUAUUGAACAAGAAGAGAAAAUUAACUUUUUAAAAUCAAGAAUAGGAUUGGUGAAGAAGUUYGUACAAGCUAGAAGAGCUUACGAGGAAAAUCCCGAAGAAGCCAUUAAAGGUUGCCAGCUUCUUCUUGAAGAGCCUGACUUAGAAACAGCUGUACGGAUAGGGGAUGUUUAUGGUUUAAUCAUCGAGUAUUAUGCCCGUCAACAAAAUCAUUCUAAGGCCUACUCUUUCAUGGAAGACAUGCGUCAGCGUGUACCGACUGUAAAUAUGGCUUAUUACGUGAACAUGAAAACGAUUGAAGCAGUCCAUAAAUCCUUAGGGAUACCCCUUGGGCGUGGCAUGGGUGCAGAGAGGGAAAUUAAGGCUGGUUUGGACGAAGAUGAAGGAGARGAAGUCGAAGAAGAAGUCGAGGAAGAAAUUUUUAAUGGACACGAUGGCUAUUGAUGUUAMUUUAUGUAAAAAGCGAUAGAACUGGUUCACGCGAAUGACUCGUACUACUUCGACAAAAAUUUAACAAAAAGUAUUUCACAGUUUCUUUUCGUAUUGUACACACCUAUGAACCUCAACUGCUACAAGGCUUCAUACAGCUGAACACCUAAAUCCUUAAUGCCAGAAAUCUCGUAACCUAGAAGAGUAGACUAAAUAGCAUUAUCGUCCUCGUGUGAACCAGCCAACAUAAUAUUUAUCAAAAUAAACUUAUUAGUAAUGAACCAGAGAACAAUAUAGUUGUAUUCUAAGGUGGACAUCGCUAAAGAUAGUUUUGCUUAUGUCGUCAUGUUUUAAUUUCGUUUAACAGUAGUUUUGUACUAAAAUAACCUCCUUGUAAAAUAGCAUGAAGUUUCAUCUAGGUACAGACUCCCGAUGUACUCGUCGAUUAUAGAUUGCCGCACCAUAGCCAUGUGGCUCGAGUGACUCGAGUAUAACUCAACCUUGUCACUAAAGCUUCUGUGAUUUUGUGAAUAAAUAAAGCAUUAGACAGCCAAUA